AUGAGGAGCAAUCAACAAGUAUCGCCAACAAAGUCUCUCAACGGGGAUCUAGCUGGAGUUAAUGCGGGGCCUGCUGCAGCUGAGCCGGAAGCAAAAGGUCAGCAAGACUUGCAGCAUGCUCUCGCUCGUUUCUUCCUCGCUCGUGGCAAUGCAUUUCGAGCUAUUGGAGAACUUGAACGGGCUGCCAAAGACUACGGAUCUGCGAUCACAUUGGACGAUCGUAGUGCACUUUACUUCGCCAACCGUGGAGCUUGCUAUCGUAAGCUCAACCAGACGGCAAAAGCUCUCGAAGACCUCACCACCGCGAUCGAACUGGACGGACGGAAAGCUCCGCACUACUUUAACCGCGCUCUUGUGAUGCACGACGCCGGCUUUUAUCGCGAGGCCAUCAUUGAUUUCUCGAAAGCACUUGAAGAUGGAUCCACGGCAGGAAAUACUGUCGCUAGUAACGCUGGAGUCCCUGGCGGUGGAAUCGGUCUUCGGGUCGAGUAUCGUGCCUUACAGAGUCGUGCCAACUGCUACCGGCGACUUGGACACUUGUCUAAGUGCAUUGACGACUUACAGGCAGCUAUCAAGCUGGAUCCUCGCAAUGCGUCAGCAUUUAGUGCUCUAGCACUCGCUCAUUUCGAGUGUGGUGACUUCGAACUUGCUGCUGACGAGUUUACACAAGCCAUUGAGCUCAACUCCGGGAGCGCCAGUUACUUCAGUUAUCGCGGACUGUGCUACUACCGCCAGGGUCAAGAAGCUGCUGCAAAACAGCGACAACAGCGAAAUGCUCCACCCAAUAUCUUCAGUGGGAUGGGGACUUUUGCACGGCAAUGUCUGGCAGACUUUAACAAGUGCAUCCAACUUGAUGGCCGCGAUCCGCAAGCGUACUUUUACCGAGGCUCUGUGAGACUCGCACUGGCUUACAUGUCUGCCGCUGAGCAACUGGAAGCAGCUUUUGCAGAUAUUGAAAUGGCCUGUACUCUGUGUCCCACUGGCAUCCCUUAUCAGAUCGGCAUGGCUAUGAUCAUGCAGCUGAAGCAGCAACACUCAGAGGCUCGAUCCAUGCUUGAAGCAAUCGCAACAGGUUCUUCUGAAACGCGUAAGAGUGUCUUGGUCCAAUUUCACACAGCGCUUUGCUGUCACGCGCUCGGUGAUUAUGAACGCGCAGUGGAAUUACUUACUGAUGCCCUGGAUGCACUCCCGGAUGAACCCAUCUUUCUCGAAGCUCGCGGACUGAUGCUGCAAGAAAUGCGGGUGCAUCCUCUAGCUCUUGCAGACUUCACACAUGCGCUGGGGCUUCUUGAAAGUCGCGAAGACCACAAGGCGGGCUUGAAUCAACUUCUUGCGCUUCGGUAUCUGCGCGGAGAAAGCGCGCUACGACUCGAGCACUAUCAAGAUACCGUUGACGACUGCAGCGCAGCUAUUGCUGGAGGUUAUACGGCCGAUAUGGCAGCCCAGAAUGCUCGGGGCAUGGCAUUUCGCGGGCUUGGUGACUACGAUAGCGCUCUCCAGGACCUCAACGCUUGUGUGGCCCAAGCACCGAAAAACGACAUUUUCCGCUUCCACCGUGCUCUUUGUCUGAUGGAAUGCUCUCGUUACUCGGAGGCUCUGCCGGAUCUCCAUGAGACUGCUACUCGCAACUCCACGGACACAAAACUACUAUAUUACAUGGGUCUGUGCUACUAUCAUGAGCGCCAGCUCACUGAAUGCGUAAGCUUCUUGAAGCGCGCUCUGGUAUGCAAACCUGCACAAGACUUGCUUCCUCAUCUGUAUUAUCACAUGGGGCUUUCGUACGCGCUGGAAGGCGAGAACAUGGACGCUGUUGAACACUUUACGAGUGCUUACGAUCACUCUCUGAUCCAGAGCCAACUCCAACAACUUCACGAAGCACAGCUCAUGUACAUUCAUGAACGUGCCAAAGCCUUGCAACUGGAGCGAUACCACGCCGAAGCCCUCGCAGACUUCUCCUUUGUCAUCGCGCAGCAACCAACCAAUGCCCACGCGUACUUCCGUCGUGGCUUCGCCCACAAAGCACUUGGCGAUUUCAAAGCUGCCGCCCACGACCUCCAAACAGCUCGGCUACUCGACCCGAACAACCUACAACUCGUCGUCAACUACAAGGAGCUCCGAGAUGUCGAGUGCAUUGUACUUUGUCCUCCAGGCGAUGAGAAGCGCUUCUAA